UGGCCUUUGUAAAGCUGCCCUAGACAAUGAGGGCCUUCAAGGCGAAAAGGUUAAACUAGGGUCAAAGAUGAACACAUUGAAUUUUUCUGCACCGAGCAAUACCCGUUUCUCAUAAUGUUACCAUUUUAGAUUUCAAAACAAGAUUGUGACAAACUGGUUAACGGUUACGGUCACGGUUUAGGAAACAUGCUUUAGAGAUGCAGUUUCACUUUCAGUUCAGAGUGAACUUGCAUUUGCAUGACACUGCAGAAUAACGGUGAUGCAGCUGUAUUUGUAAAGGGGUCUUCACUGCCUUUACGCAACUCGCCUGUCUUUGAAAAUCAAAAGCCAUUUCAUAAACAGCUAGGUAUGUAAGUGUACGCUAUUCCUAUCAUUUCUUUGCAUCAAUGGCAACGCGCGUCGCAAAGAGCAAGCGUGUGGUGAGAACAUGCAGCUCAGUGAGGAGCAGCUGCGUCAGAUAGAGCAGAACAGACGCGCCGCUCUCGAACGACUGGCCAGCAGAAACGUACCUGUACCCGUUGGAGAAAGCUGGCGAAGACAAAUCGGGGCCGAAUUUGCAAAACCUUAUUUUACAAAACUCAUGUCUUUUGUUACAAUGGAGAGGAAAUGCUUUACUGUUUAUCCCAGCACCGAGCAGGUGUUUCAUUGCACAACUUUGUGCGCAAUUGAAGAUGUAAAAGUGGUCAUUCUUGGGCAAGACCCCUAUCACCAUCCAGGUCAGGCUCACGGUUUGGCCUUCAGUGUGCUGAGGCCUAAACCUCCUCCUCCUAGUUUGGAAAACAUAUUUGCAGAGUUGAAGGACGAUAUUGUCGGCUUCCGGCACCCGGGUCACGGAGACCUCACAGAAUGGGCUAAACAGGGCGUUCUGCUGCUGAACUCUGUGCUGACAGUGAGGGCUCAUCAACCCACCAGUCAUGAGGGUCAAGGCUGGGAGGUCUUCACAGACGCUGUGGUCCUGUGGCUCAGCAGGAACCUCAACGGCUUGGUCUUUCUGCUUUGGGGCUCUUACGCUCAGAGGAAAGGCAGAGUGAUCGACAGAAAACGUCAUCAUAUCCUUGAGACUUCACAUCCAUCACCAUACUCAGCAAAUUUAGGCUUCUUCGGUUGUAGGCACUUCUCUAAAACUAACAUUUUGCUUAAAGCAUCAGGAAAGAAACCAGUUGAUUGGAAAGCUCUUUGAAAUAACAUUAUGCCAUUAAUUCUUGUUUUUUUUUUGUAAAACAGAGAUGAACUUUACAUAUUAUAUAUUGCAACUGAAUGUAUUGCAUUGCAUUGUACGGUACAUUUACAAUGCAAAUGCGUCACAGCUGCCCCGUUGACCUUGUUAUAAUGUUUGUUUGUUGUACUGCAAAUAUUCAUAUUAGCUGGGCAAUAAAUGAACAAUGAAUGA